CAAGUACGUAGACAAGAACCUCUGAACCACCUAUUACCAAAUUCAACAAUCUAUGCAAAAGAAGUACGUGUUUCUAUGAUUUAUAAACAUUGCUUUUAAUAAAACAUUAUAUUGAAAAUUGGCUUAGAAAUUAGUGAAAACCCCGAGAAUUAAGAAUUAUUCGUUUUCUUGUGGAAUAUAAACAGACAGCCUUAUCACUUCAUGCUCCAUGUUAGGAGGCCCUUGUAUAGUAUAGGGAAUGGUGGAUGUUCAUAAUAAAAAGCCCGAUAUUGAAGAAUUUUUCUCUUUCUUACAAAAUGCUUUCCAACCUCUAGAGGCACAUGUAUUGGAUUCCUAUGUUCGCAAUCCUUUCGACCAUGACGGACAAGGAGGGCCCUUUCGCUGCUUGAUCACCUUGGUACCAUAUGAAGCUCUUCCUUUAGGUGUUCACGAACUGGCGAUCCGAAAACCGUAUGUUCGACCCGUCUUAAUACGUCCGUAUCGGACGUUACGCUUCGCCAAUAAUGAAGGAUACGUUUGUAAAUUAAAUUCAGAGUUAUCCUUUACUCCUAUAGAAACUAUUACACCUGCUUAUAAAGAUCGCCCUGCUACUCGUCGUUACAUAAAUCUCAACAACUACCAAAAGUCAACAGUUCUUCCAAUUGACGAAAAAAACUUUUCCAACCAAAUAGUUGUUCAGUUAUUAGAUUCCUUGGAAACCGACCUAGACGUAAACAGCACUCGUGCAACCCUAUUAGCAAUCGACCCAAAUUGGCUUUGCCAAGUCUCGAAGCUAACAUGCGGUCGUAAAUACAUUGCCAACCUUUGUAUUCAGUAUGGAAGCCAAAUUUACUAUGAUCCAUCUUACAGAAAUGCGUAUGAGAUAUGGUCUAAUUCUCUACUUUUAGCUGCGUUUAUCCAUACACAACGGGCUUUAAUAUUACCAGAUCUAUUUAGUAUUUCUAUGAGGAAAUCAAUAGAACGAUUCCAGUCUCUCAGUCCCGAAAACUUUUCACUUCCAAAAAUUAUUCCCGGAAUUCAACAAGAUCCCGAUUUCCUUUUACAAAAUCCGUUGGACCAACAAAAUAUUUCUAACCCACUUCCCUCAAAUCCUACAAAGAAAUCUUCCUCUCCUGUCAGAUCCGAUCAAAAUGUUUUACAAAACAUUGCUUUUAUCACAACAACAAAUAUAUCGCCAAGGUCUCCAGGAUCUCCAAAAUACGACGGUUCUUCACAAGUUACAAAACCUCCCAUAUUGCAAGAAUUGCAUUUGCAAAAUGUUGUAUCGAACGACAGCACUGAAGAAGAGCAAAUUGAAAGUGAACCGGCCAUGGAAGAACAACGACUAGAUGAGUCUUCUGAUUCAGAACAAGAAUUCACGGAGCUGCUCAGCUUUCUGAAUAGGAAAGGGGAUUCCGAAGGAGUAACAGUCCAACGAGAAAAAUUAUUCAAGGCUCGGAAUUUCCUUGAAACUUGGCAAAAAGAAUGGAAAAUGCUCGAUCGAGCAAUCAAUAAUGCAGAACAAAGCUCUGCUGAUCAGCCUCACCCGAACCCAAGAGGUAGGCCACCUGGUUCAACAAGAGGUCGUAGAUCGAAAUUAUGAGAUAUUAUGUUAUACCUUUGUCUUUUGCGUUUAUGAGGUUCAUUGGCAUAUAUCACAGAUUAAAAAGAUUUUAUUUGUUAUUAUUAUUAUAUAUUUGGUGAAUCAUGUACAUAGUUGUCCUUCCAAGAAAUAUAUGUAUUUUCUCCUUUGGCAGAUUGUUUAAAUAAUACCGAAAUAUGAAAUCAAUAAUUUAUUACCAUAUACCAGUCCCAAAAACCUUUUGUAAACAUUGUUGAAACAGCUCAUUAAUGC